AUGACGCUCGCUUUCCGCCGAGCAGCAGCUGCAUCUCUCCGCAGAACGCGAGAGGCUCGGCAGAGGUGGGCGCGCACGCAGCAGCAGCAGCAGCAGCAGCAGCAAAGCCCACUGACACCACAACUGGCCCUCCCGCAGCUUCCUGGAUUCUCCGAAAGCAAUCCUCCGCCUUACACAGUUAUCAACGUGGCUGCAGAGGCCCGGCAGGCGACGGUUAGUCUCGAGUUCAACUCCAGGCCGCUUGCCCUGACCCCAUCUGCUGCUGCUGCUGCUGCUGCUGCUGCUGCUGCUGCUGCUGCUGCUCGUAGGACCCCCUGGAAGAGCGCAUUUAUUUGCUUAGAAACUAAACUCACUGAAGCAGCAGCAGCAGCAGCAGCAGCUGCUGCUGCUGCUGCUGCUGCUGCUGCGCCUUCUGUUAGCCCUUGCCUCGCAGAGGCCCUGCGGCGCACUGCAGUUGUCGCUGCAGCAGCAGCAGCAAGAGCUCCAGCAGGAGCAGCAGCAGCAGCAGCCGCUGCUGCUGCUCCCCCCGCAGCAGCAAAUCCCGUGGCUGCCGGGGCAAACACCCCACAGUAA